UAUGGUUUUAGUGUAAUGUCGGCGAGUAACCGGAAUGCUCAGGGUGAGAGUAAUUAAAAAAAAGAAGAAAACAAAGAUCAGAGAAACCGACAGGGCAGGGAGGGUGUGUUGCGUUUAUGUGCUGUGUGGUGGGAUUGCCUGCGUCCACACGCUGAGCGUAUAAGUGUGUGUGUAAGUGCGCAUGUAUGUAUGUAUGUGUGAGACAGAGUGACGGGGGCGAGACAGAGAAGGGAGAGACUAUAUAUCUGAUCCACACAGAGAGCUUCCUUUCACAAAAACACUGAAGACUGAACAACUGGAUCGCACUGCGCCCAGUGCUCACGACCAAUUAAGAGCCAGCGAGUAAUUAUUGUCUGUGAGGAUCCGGAUGCGCCCUACUUUACCUGCCACCACAUCGGGCUUUUAAGACACACAUUUAGAUCUUUUAUGCUAUUCACUCAUCAUUAAAAAAAGAUUUUUAACACGUCGUUUCCGUGGAUGAAGCUGGCUGGAGCCUGAGGACGGAGUGCGUCAAGUUAGCGCAUGUAUCCAACAAGUGGAUGCAUGUGUUUCAUCACGGCAGACAAUCCCCGGGACUAAAAAACACAAGCAAUCGAUGGAUUCAUAACCCGCAAUUUGAUCACAAUUGUUGUUUACAGCAGAGACGGAAAACCUCAGAUGUGGAGGUUGUCUGAGCUGAUGGUGAUGUAUCUAUGUGCGCAUUUUCUCGGUGUUCUGCACUGCUCCUUUUACUGACUUUGUGUGUUAUUCUUUCUAAACAUAUAACAACUGCAGAGAGGUAAGAGCCCCCCCACACACAUUUUCUUGCUCUUCAUUCAUUGACCAAAAGGCAUAUUGAGGCGGACACGCUGCGGAAUCCACGUUUUCCCUUCGCACCCCCCAGCCCCUCAUCCAUGGAUUUGCUUUUCCGUCGGUGACUGAGCGGGGAAGUUAGGAUCCUCUCUGUAGACAUUUCUGUAUGACGAGGGCGCAGGUGGUAUCCAGAGGUCGCAGCCAUGCCGAUGCAUCCAGUCACCUCCACGCUGAUGUACCGGGGGAUCUGCACCAUCCCUGACAUCCUCUCCUACAGCGCGCCGGUGAACCUGCCUGAAGACGAAGUUGAAGAGAUCCGUGAGGCCUUCAAAGUCUUUGACCGCGAUGGGAAUGGGUUCAUCUCAAAGCAGGAGCUGGGCAUGGCCAUGCGGUCCCUUGGCUACAUGCCAAAUGAGGUGGAGUUGGAAGUCAUCAUCCAGAGACUGGACAUGGAUGGUGACGGCCAGGUGGAUUUUGAGGAGUUUGUUACUCUUCUGGGUCCAAAGCUCACAGCAGCUGGGUUACCAGACAAAUUCAGUGGCACUGACUUUGACUCAGUUUUUUGGAAGUGUGACAUGCAGAAGCUUACAGUGGAGGAGCUGAAGAGGCUACUGUAUGACACCUUCUGUGAUCAUCUUUCCAUGAAAGACAUCGAAAACAUCAUAAUGACUGAGGAGAAUCACAUAGAGAACCCCGAGGACUGCCAGGUGGACAUAGACAGCUCCAGCCCGACGCAGCAAGUCAAGCAAACUUGUGUGCGCAAAAGCCUGAUAUGCGCCUUUGCCAUUGCUUUCAUCAUCAGCGUCAUGCUCAUCGCAGCUAAUCAGGUGCUGCGAAGUGGCAUGAAAUAAGAGUUGAGGCGUUUUCUGCCUUGACCAGCAUUUACUGGCUACCAUAAAAGACUGUGAAGAUGAAACUCAAAAACAAAUACAGACAAUCACAUGCGUGUAAAAUAAAACAUGACUGUAGAAUACAAAAACUGGAGUCCCCAAGGACACAGACAUUUGACUCGGUGGCAAAUACAUGCCGACAACUUACAGUUUCAAGGACACCUGGACCUUACGUACCAAGAGACAGAGGCGCUCUUAAAAUGGACAGCUAACUAUACAUAUCACUCUUCGUAACACAACAUUUAGUAUUCAUUAGCUAUGUGCAUUUGAGCAGUGUUGCAUUCAGUAUGGUGGCAGCUAUAGAGAGUUUAGUGACUGUCCAGUUUUGUAUUUGUUCAGUGUACUAUGGGGUUUGUUAAUAUUACAUAGAAAGAAUCUGUGAAAUAUUGUGGGAAGUGUCAUUGUGUGCAAGGUCUGGAGUGCACAGUGCUCUGGAGAAAUUGUAUGGGGUGCAACAUUGUUCAUAACCACUUGGGAAUAACAAUAGCUUGGUAAGAAAGUGAGAUAAUAGUUUAUAGGGUUUAAUAGGUUUGCAGGGCGGUGGAUGUGACUGUGUGGAUGCUCCCAUUCAUUCACAGGCUUUGGUCUUAGCAGGAUGGUGCAGGGUGAAGUAGGUUAACUGUUCUUGGGAGGAAGAUGCUGAACGGACAGGCAACUGGCUGAAAAUAACUGGUCAUGCAGUAAACACUCGACUCUGUCUGCUUUGCAGGCUUGAGACAAUGAUCAUCAUCUAUGCAUGACAUGCAUGGAUUUAAACAGUCGUCUUGACACAUUUGUAAAAGUUCUUCUUAAUGUAUUAAUUGUUAUGACUGUGUACUAGAGCUGUUUUCGAUUCCUUAAUGAAAACUGUGAGCAAUUGUGUGUGGUGCAGGGUAUCAGCAUUCACAACAAAUAUAAAGCAUACAACUGCAUGAAAAAGAAGGGCUGUGGUAAUAUACAGUAUGCUCCUAGAAAAAAAGUUUUUUUGGAAUUGCUAAGAUAUGGACAUUCAGGCCUGAAGUCAUCACACACUCACGGGGCAGUAGUUGAGUUCAAAAUACAUCACUCAAGUAUUUAAAGAAUAUGCAUCUUGUUGGUAUUAGGGAAAAAUGUGAAUCAAUGUAUUUUGUUCUUUUUAAGUGUUUUUAUGUCUGGACGUGUUGCUAAAGAGCAAUAACUGUAUGUGAAAUAGACAUUACACAAAACUCAGUACAGACAUGAAUCCUUGAAAUUGUUUUGCAUUAGUUUUCUAUAGCACUUCUAGAGCAGAUAUAUUUGGUGAUGUUCAAAGGAAAAUGGAACAACUGUCUCAUUCACUGAGAUGGAAAGCUCAAGCACGAGAAGACUGUGUGUCUGAAGCUGCCCAUUGAGUUAAAGUUUAACAGGGGCUGAAUGGCAAAGAAUUGCAAUAAAAUAAUAACAUGUGAAACAACACACAAAGUGUGUAGGUUAGAUUGUUGUGCAUGCAAUUAGGUAAGGUCUGUUGUUAUUAAUGUGUAUUGUACAUAUAAGCCAACAUUACCAAAGCUAAGGAGGAAUCGGUGACUGGAGAACUGGGCCACAUAAGGGCACAAUUUCUGAAAUCUGAUCAUUUUGAAUUAUUGAACAGAAAUCAGAAAUGCUGCAGUCUCUUAUAAACUUUGUAUUUAACACCAGCCAAAGAUUAAAAAAAGCCCUCCACACUACCCUGAAAAAAGACUAUAUAAAGACAGAUCUUAUGAAUAUCCCUUGUUAAGUCGUGAUGUAUUGACCUUUUGAUGAUACUGUUUUCUGCCCAAGCCUCUACUGUGUUGUCUGAGAUGCGAGUGUUUUAAGUGCUGCAGUGCUGUGUCCCUCAUUCAGUAGAUCUGAGUCAAAUGGGAAAAAAAAUCAUCAUUCUGCCACUGCCAGCUUCUCAUUCAUUUUUAGCAUACAUUUAAGUUACGCUUUUAUAAACUCAUUGUACCCUACACUACUAUUUAAAUGGCUCACAAAAAGAUCUAAUACUGCUCAACAACAAUAUCUGUAUAAAUUAUUUUGGCAAAUGAGACGUCGUCAUUGCAAUAACUUGGAAAUCAUGACUAACCUUGUGGUAUAGAGGGUGUUUUCUAAGCUUUCUGGGCACUUGCAGAGGAAUUAUUUCAACAACAAUUAGCCAAAUUAGUUGCAGCUACUUUCAUGAAAUUGUAUGUCCAAAAACCUAACUUCAAUCCCAGUUUGGUUUUUGUUAAUACCCAAAGUUAUAGCAGUGCUGAUCUAUAUUUUUUUUAAUACUUUGUUUUAAAAAUACUAACUCCUUUCAACCUUAUACAUCCUCCUUUUUUAAUGGGUGCCUGGACUACACAGGAAAACAGCUACAAUAACCACUGAAAUGGUGCCUCACUGUUUGCUUGCAUUUGGGAUCUGAGGGAGUAUUUGGACCCAGUAAUGGCUAUUACAUCAGACUUAACAAGGAGAUUGGCUGUUCCUCAAACUUGGAUCUAAAAGGAGCCAAAACCACAAACAGGAAUCAAAAACACAACUAUCUCACAGAGCCAGGCAGGGUAAGGACUAUCACAUGCACUUCAGCAAUUUGUCAAAAGUGUCAACUCUUAGGGGAACACAGACAAAAACGAUAAAAGUCCAUUUAUUUACAAAAACCUGUUUCCAUUUUGCACUUUAACAUGUGCUGCAAUGCACAAAUACAGCUCACCGCCAUGAUUGUUCAUCCAUUUCCAAAAAUAAUUUAGACAUAAAGAAUCACUUUACCAUAGAUGUAUCUAUUUUUUUGACUAGAACGUGAUGAAUAGAUUAUUAACUGACUGGCAAAAGAUGCUCGAAUUCACUUCCUAUAUCACCAGUGAGGGAACAUUGUCAUUGGGGAAUAAAGUUAUUAAUUUGAUUUGUUGCCUUAUUCUCUGAGACAUUUUGGCAUUGUACACAAACAUAGAAAUCCAUCAGACAUGGACGCAUUAUUUAUUAUCAGAGCAAAAUGUACAAACCAAUAUUUAUUUUCUUUUAACAGGUGAAAAAAACUGUACAAACAUGUUGGUAGUCUACUGAAUGUUCUGCAUUGCACUGUACUUUAUACUUGUCUUUGGAUCUUGCAAAAAUGUUUAUUGAACAUGUGAUAUCUGUUCAUUGACUCCACCUGAUGUUCUUCUAUGUCUGUGGAAUAGUAUUUCACCUGAAUAAACCAUAUAACAACUGUGUCUA